UCCGCGCGCGCGUGUCCGAUUGGCUUGGGAUUCAGACGGUGAUCUUGGUCGCACGCUUUCACCUCAGCGCAGAAACGAUGGUGUCCAUCGGCAAGGUGCUCCUCGGAGUGGUCGGGGUGGCGGCGGUCGUCACUCUGAUCGCGGUACCCACGGCGAUAUUCUUGAAAGAGGGGGGGAACAAGAACACAAGAUCGUUUACCCUGGAGGACGUCUUCAACAGUUCACUGAAACCAAAGUCUGUCAGCAUGAAGUGGAUCUCAGAUCAUGAGUAUCUGAAUAAGUCUCAGGGCUCAGUCUUCCUACAGAACGUGGUCACAGGAGCAUCACUGAAGUUAUUGAGCAAAGACAAGUUUAUUGAAAAAGACGCCUAUGAUUACCAGCUGUCCGCUGACCUCAAUUAUGUGGCAUUCAUGAGCAAGCGUUCCAAGCUGUGGCGGCAUUCAUUUACAGCUACAUAUUCACUCUAUGACAUAAAAUUAGACAAAUUCUUUCCACCCUCUGACAUUCCUGAAGAAAUCCAGUACUUUGCCUGGGCUCCUGAGGGGAACAAACUGGCCUACGUUUGGAAAAAUAAUGUGUAUAUAAAGACCAGCCCUGGGUUGCCAUCAAAGCAAGUCACUCUCAAUGGCGUGGAGAAUCUGAUUUUUAAUGGGAUCCCGGACUGGGUGUAUGAGGAGGAGAUGUUCUCAUCCAAUCAGGGCCUCUGGUGGUCACCUGGAGGGAAGUACGUGGCUUACGUUGAGACCAACGACACAGACGUCCACACCAUAGAGUACUCUUGGUAUGGCGAGAACCAGUACCCCAGCACUGUUUCCAUUCGAUAUCCAAAGCCGGGAACCCCUAACCCUACCGUGAAACUGUUUGUUGUGAACACUGAUAACACAACAGAAAUCUUUGAGGUUGCUAUUCCAGCAUCCUUUAGUUCAAGUGAGCACUACUUGGCAACUGUUACUUGGGCAACAGAUGAACGUAUUGCUGUCCAAUGGCUGAAGAGAGUACAAAACCACCUCAUCCUUCAGAUCUACAAUUUUAAUGGAGCCAGCUGGGAUCCUGUUGAGCAUCUGGAGUUGAAGAGUGCCACAGGUUGGAUUGGACGGUUCUCUCCAUCAGAACCAGUUUUUGACGUAGACAAGAACAGCUAUUACCUGCUGAUGAGCAACAAAGAAGGGUACAAGCACAUCCAUCAUGUGGUUGGGGGCACAGCUACAGCAAUAACCUUUGGGGAAUGGGAAAUCAUUGACAUUCUGAAAGUGACGGAAGAUAGUGUAUAUUAUUCAAGUAAUCAAGAGGGCAACAAGCCAGGAGGAAGGAAUGUUUACAAGUGGACCCCACAAGGCCCAAACAAGUGUCUAACUUGUGAAUUACGCAGAGAUGACUGUCAGUAUAACUCAGCCUACUUCAGCCACAAUGCCUCCUUCUACCGUAUGAGCUGCAGUGGUCCUGGCAUUCCUUACUAUUCUUUCAUGGAUAACAGGAAUGAUAAAGAGCUCAUUGUUUUGGAGGACAAUAAAGUAUUUAGCAGCCUAAUAUCUGACAUCCAAAUGCCCUCUGUCCGUCACAACGUCAUCAAAAUCGGAGGAUACGAUCUCUGGUACCAGAUGCUUUUGCCUCCAGGUUUUGAUGAAUCCAUGAAGUACCCUUUACUAUUAGAUGUGUAUGCUGGUCCCUGCAGUCAAAAAGCCGACUUUGUCUACAGGGUGAGCUGGUCCACCUACCUGGCCAGCACUGAGAAAGUCAUCGUCGCCAGCUUUGACGGAAGAGGAAGCGGUUACCAAGGCGACAAGUUAAUGCACGCAAUCUACAAAGGUCUGGGAACCUAUGAGGUGGAAGAUCAGAUAACAGCAGUCAGGGAAUUCAUCAAAUUGGGCUUCAUUGACAAAGACAAAGUUGCGAUUUGGGGCUGGUCUUAUGGUGGAUACGUGACGUCAAUGGCCUUGGGAUCUGGAAGUGGAGUUUUCAAAUGUGGAAUGGCGGUCGCUCCAGUGUCCAAAUGGGAAUAUUAUGACUCCAUCUACACAGAGCGCUACAUGAUGGAGCCCUCAGAAAAUCAUGUGGCCUACACCAAUUCCACAGUAACUGCCAGGGCCAAGAAUUUCCAUUCAGUGCAGUAUCUCCUGGUUCAUGGAACAGCUGACGACAAUGUUCAUUUCCAGCAGGCAGCCGAGAUCUCUGAAGCUCUGGUGGACCAGCAGGUGGACUUUGAGGCGAUGUGGUACACGGACAAGGAUCAUGGGCUCGGCGGCUCGGCCUAUAAACACGUCUACACACACAUGAGUCACUUCUUGCAGAGGUGCUUUGCAUGAAGUCCACUGGAUCUCUUUACAUCGCCUCAUGGGAAUAACACAAUUGGAGAUACAAUCUUUAAUUCUAAAUGCAGGCUUGAUUAUUAGUGCUCCAAACGCAUGAAAAGUACAAAAUGGCACAUCAUAAUAUAUUUCCGUGUCUCGAGAAAUUCUGUCUUGCAUAUAUAUAUAUCUAGUCAUACAAAAAAUGCUCCUCUGGAAAUUUUUACUGACAUUUUUACUUCAUUAGACAUGAAAAGUGUGAUUUAUUAUUACAUGUUUUUGUUUCGUUGAUUUAAGUUUUAAAGAGGUUGUUACCUAACUUGGGGAACAACAUAGACAUGAUAAUAUGAAAGUAUACUUGUACUAGAGUUUUUACAGUAGGCCUAUUGUAUUAAGUUAUACACAGAAACGUA